AUGCGUUUCGCCACCUCCCUCAUCAUCUCCGUCCUCGCCAUCACCGCACAAGGGGCCGUUUCAAAUGACGAUUCCAUUGCCAUGACCCCGCGCGAGGAACUCGUCGACCGGCAAAACCAGGUCUUCUCGCUCGACAAACGGGACUGUGUAAAGACCGGGUGCAAGUGCGACACCCGCGGCUACCAGCGAAGAGUCUGCGGGGCCUGCAAGCACCCUGACACUAAGAAGUACAUCGUCACGAGAAAGAGGGUCUUGUAG